UUUCAGCUGCAGUGCAGCGCCGGCGCGUGUUUGGAGAAGCUGGUGGGAAAGAGAGGAUGGAGGAGAGCUUCUAACAGACAGACAGACAGACAGUCAGACAGUCAGACAGCGCGUGCUGAAGAAGAGCAGCGUGGUGUUUAUCAGUAGCUGCUGGUUUUCUGAAGAGCUGAAAAAAUGGAUAAAACUUCAGUGAAUGAGUGAAAUGAGUGAAGGAGGCUGGAGGCAGAAGUUCCAUCUCAAGAAGAUGCUUUUUGGGACCUAACCUGGACUAAUGGUGCAUUUAAUCCAGAGGAGCUUUAAUUUGGAAUAUUUUGUGGAUCUUUAUGAAAAAUCUCACUACUGUAAUCAGUAUCCUGCUGUGCUGAAGCCUGAGGAGGAGAGCAGAGAGGAGCAGAGCAGCUGCUGAAGUUGAGAGACUGUGUGUGUGGGAGGCUAUGGGACGCUCCAGGCUUUAGAAGAAGAAGUGAGUAGUCACUUGAAAUUCCAACUUGUCUUCACCUCAGCCUCUAAGAGUAUGUUGAAGGCUUUGUCUGGAAUUUGUUUCCUUCACCUCACGACAAUCUUCUUCCUUUUCUGGGCCACUAUUGAUGAUGCCUGGUGGUUUACGAGAAACCAGUACACAGACUUGUGGGGGAGGUGGGUGAUGGAGAAUAAUGACGAUGUCUGGGUGUACAUGGACAUACCUACAUCUUACAGAAGAGAUUACCUACAGGCAGUGCAGGCCUUCGCAGUGUUGUCCUGCCUCUUCGCUGUCUUCUCCCUCAGUAUGUUCGUAUACCAACUCUUCACACUGGGAAAAGGACAGAGGUUCACCUACUCUGGAGUCCUGCAGCUCAUCUCAUGCUUCUGCAUCAUGGUAGCCCUGUCAGUCUACACAGAUCACUUCCACAGAGAUGAGAAGAACGGCUGGUAUGGCUGGUCCUACAUCAUGGCCUGGUUUGGUUGGCUGCUAACUCUUCUCACUGGAGUCAUCUACAUUAUCCUGCGCAAGAGGGUGGAUUAGAUCACAACGCUGGAUGAAACCAAGACACUGACUACAGGAACACUCCUACUGUCUAAAAUUGUUAACAUUGUUAAUAAAAUGGGUGAACGCUAGUAAGAGCUAGUUAGCAAAGAAGAUCAUGCUAGCAGGUCCCUGUUAGCUUUCAUUUGUUAGCCACAUUAGAUUUCUUGGAAUAUGUGUUCCAAAGUUUUGCCUUGUUUCUGACUAAAAAAAGGAGAAUUCCAGUUCACAGAUAAGAUUUAAUAAAUUGGGAAGGUUAACACAGGGAUAGACUAGGAUACUAGGUCAGUAGGCAAAUUAGGGAUUAUUAUAGUUUUUGUUCAUUUUGCCAACUUUUUUCCCAUUUAAUAAAUGAAUGCCUGCAAACAGCGUUUAUUUGAGCACCUCACUCCACUUCAGUGGUUGUGAUUUGAUUACAGUAUCAAAAACAUCAUUGUUUAAAUUAAAUUAUUCAGACUUUUAACACCACAAGUCCUUUUUUAUCCUUUUAGCUGAAUAAUUUUGCUUUAUUAGCUGUGUAACAUGGCUAAAUGCUAUGUCCAGGAAUAUGAAACUUUAAAAAUGUUAUAUGAUGUAAACACUACUAUAUGUAGUUCAUAGCACAAGUUUAUAAAUAAAAUGUUUCUUAGCUAAUCAGAUAAGAUUGCUAAGUAAGCAAUACGCUGACUCAAAAUCAUUCAAAAUCAUUUCACUGUGAUUUUUUUUGUUAUAUUUUAUAAUGCUGUGUAAUCCAAAACUAGGCAUAUUAAUCAAUGCCUUGGAUCUGUCCUGUAGUCCUGGAAGUGUUAAUCUGUAAUAUUGUAUGAUGUUUUCAUGACACAGUUCCAUAAUUCUUUUCUUAAAUUAUUAUUAAUAAGGGGAAUUAAUAAUUGCAUAGUCCAGGUAAGGAUUUGGGACAUUUUCCCAACUAUUAUUGGUUCGCUCUGGUUUGAAUCAAUUAACAGAUUAUUUCAUGUUUCUACUCUUUGUUUUAUUUGUUCCCACACAGGCAAAAAAUUAAGUUGCACUAAAAUGUGCAAUGUGAGUAAGUUUGCAUUGCUUAACAAUUAGUCAGGGCUGACUGGGGCGGGAGCAGGAAAGUAAAUACAGGAAGAAGGUCCUCUGUCCUGGACUAAUGCAUAUUUCUGUCCAGUUUAACACAUCGAGCAAUGGCAACGAUUUGUUAAUAGCUUUUAAUAUUAAAUAUUAAAUAUUAAAUUGGUUGAGCUCAAACUGAGAUAGAUUAAAUGGAUUAGGCCUAGUCAUGCACUAUAUUUUCUUGAAGGAAUUCUCCACAAACAUAUGCUAACAUGGCUAAUGAUGAAUGAAAGUCAGUGGGGACGAGUUAGCAGAGUUAGCUAGCUACAUUUGAUUUGCAUUUUAUAAUCUGGAAUUUACCAGACGUUAUGUAUCAUUAAUGUACUUUAAUGAGAAAAGGCAGGGACAAGAAAUGAGGCAAAAUACAAUGAAAAUGUAAGUUAUGCAAAACUUAAAAACAAGUGUAAAAACAUUUUAUCUAAUAUGUGUAUAGAAAUGCAGAUGCUGUGUAAAUAUAAAGACUAUAUAAUAAAUGGACAUUAUAAGAAUGUAGUUUUACAAGAAUACACAUCUAAGAUCUAGUUCCAGAAGCAUUUGUUUGUAGAGCCACUGAACUUCACGGUCUUCGCAUAGCAUUAGCGUUAGCAUUAGUGUAGCAUCUUGUGUUGUGUUGCUUUUUUAUCACACUUCUCUUUUACUUUGCUCACUUUAAAAUCCUCCACAAUGGUUUCAACUAAGUUGUUUAUGUAAUUGAGUUUAUAUCAUGACUGAUUGUUUUAUUUUUGUAUAGAGAUUUAUCGGAUUUGGGCUCAGGAGCCUAUACAAGUCAAUGGUUUCUGUUAACUUAUCUUACAGUCUGGUGCUGCAACAACUUUCUGUGUAUCUUACACUUGAAUGUGAGUAAAUACAAAACAGAAAGAUCA